GUCAGCAAGACCUUACCCCGUGAUCGUGACUGAAUACCCUGAGCGUCUGCAGCUGCACAGGAUCCGCAGAGCUGCUGGCGCUUGUGUCACGUGAUGCUUGCUUCUACUAGUCAAGGCGUGUGGAAGCGGGUGGGGUUUUGUACCUGUCUCUACCUUUACCUUAGUGCUCCUGUACGUAAAUACAUGUGUCGGGGAUCGUGCUGAACACGGAACAGCAGUACAAAGAACUCUAGCGACCAAAAUUCUUGCUGUUACUUAUCACGUCGUGAAGGACAGCAGAGGCUGCUCUACGAACGAAAGAUCGUUUUUCUACAGAGAUUAAAGAUGACCGUGUCUAAAAUCGUUCCCAAGAACAAGGCUCCUGGGGUGGAUUUCUGUGGAGUGAAGCAGUACUAUUACAUCAUCCGAUCUGACCUCGGCUGCUACAUGAGAUCUAGCAACUUCCAUGAAGGAAGAGACCUGUCUGUGUUCAGCCUGCAUCAGUCCUGCCGUGGAGGAGACUUCUACCUGGCUCACCAGGAUGAUCUCUUCUACAUCAUCAAAGGGAAAGAGUAUCGCCGGGUCACCAACAUGAACACGGACUCUGGGGCCGAGGUCUUCAGUCUCCACCCCAACUGUCAAGGAGGCGACCACUACCUGUCUGCCUUCGGGAACGUCUACAUCAUCUUCCAAAGCAAGGGCACUUACCAUCGCACUUCCAACAUGAACAAGGACAGCGAUGGCGUUGACUUUCCUCUCCAUUCUGCCUGCAGAGACGGCCUGUAUUACUGGGGCAUUGACAGCUACUACUAUUUUGUAAAGCCUGAUGACAAAUGGGGAGUCCAGUAUUACAGGUGCACCAACUUCAACACGAACCAAGACCCUGACACUUUCUCCUUCCACUCGGAUGUGGUCAACUUCCUGCCCGGUGGCUUGUCCAUUUCUCAGGGUUCAGCCUUUGGGAAAUGGGAGAACAUCAAGACCAUCUCCAACGACUCUGCGCAACCCCUGAAAUGGACCAAGAAGAUUACCAAGAAAGUGGGCUACACCAAGGAGAAGAUGUCCAGCAUGGAGCACAACUGGAAGAUCUCGAUGAGCGCCACCUAUCAGGCCGGAGACCUCACUGCAGCCUUUGCUAAGUAUCAGUUCUCUCUCAGUGCUGAGUACGGUGGAACAAGCAUCAACACAGAAAAGGAAGACUGGAGUGAAGCUACGGAAGUUGAGGAGAGCAUUGAAAUGACCAUCCAGCCCAAUGAAAAGGUCUAUAUCUGGCAGUACAACCUCGGUUUUGGCAAGGAAUCGGUUUUGUUCUGUCGGGAUCUCAAAAUCACUAAAACUUCCACUCCGCCUACUGAAAUACCCCUUCCACCCUCCACACAGUAACUGAUGACAUCACUACAGCUUCCUGUAGGCCCCGCCUCCUACAUGAACGCACUGCUGUAAAGUUAUUGUAUAAUGUCUCUCUUCCUAAUUUGUUGUUUUCAAGGUGAUUGGAAUGUGAAACCAAUGGAAACAAAUGCUGAGAUGUGUUAAAAAAAAUCUAACUCUUAUUGUACUGAAAUCAAUAAAAAGAUAAAUAAGCUGCA